AUGCAUCUACCGGCGGCGACUAGCAGCGACUGCCAAAGCCCAUCGAUGCCGACCACAAUCAAUGACAUGUUUGCCAACCUGCACGAGAUGCUGCAGGAAUACCAUGGUGAGCUGGUGCAGACGGGAUCACCGGCCGUCCUCUGUUCCGCUUUGCCAACGCACUGGCGCUCUAACAAGAGCUUACCAUGCGCGUUCAAGGUGAUCGCACUCGACGACAUCCAGGACGGUACGCUCGUGACGAUAAAGGCCGGUAACGACGAAAACUAUCAUGCGGAGCUUCGGAACGCUACCGCGGUCAUGAAGAACCAAGUGGCGAAAUUCAACGAUUUACGCUUUGUCGGACGGUCUGGCCGUGGCAAAUCCUUCUCGAUCACCAUCACGAUCAGCUCAUAUCCGUGCCAGAUCGCAACCUAUACUAAGGCGAUCAAGGUGACAGUGGACGGGCCGCGCGAGCCACGAUCUAAGCAAAAUUUCGCCUACGGCCAUCCAGGUGCAUUUAAUCCUUUCAUCCUAAACGCAGGCUGGCUAGACGCAGCCUACAUGAACUAUGCCUGGUCCGACUACUUUCGUCAACAUCAACAGCAACAAGCUAUUCAGGUGCCACCUACGUCAGCUGGUCCGCAACAGACUUCGUUAGGAUGCCACGACAAAGUUAGCAGUGUCACGAUAGGUAACGGACACAUCCUUGGCAGUUCCACUACUACUACGACUGCUGCUGUUAUUGCAGAUCCAACGACCGAUCUUGUGUCACUCCGCUCGCCAACCAGCCAAUCAGUGCCUGCCCCGACCGUGGCCCCAGGUGUCGUUCCGCCACCCAACGGUCUCCCUACUCCGGCGCUGCUCGCCAGCCCUGCCUCCACAUACCCGCCUGGAUCCAUUUCCUCAUUCGCGGUCCACACGGAUCACCAGCUGGUUAAGUCACCCUUUUUGCCUUACGACAUAGCCGCCUUUCGUUCGACGGCAGCAGCAGCCGCGGCCGCUGCCGCAGCAGCCAGUAACGGAACCUUGCGUCCUGCCCAGCUGUCUGCUACCAUCACCCUGCAUCAGUCGGCAAGUGUCGAUUCGGCUUCGUCACGCCUUUCGCCAGCCUCGUCACGUAACUCCAACGCCAGUCCGCCUCCUGCCCUUUCCACGGCAGCUGCCGCGGCUGCUGUAGCGGCAGCCGCAGCUGCGUCCUUUCCACCCGGUCUAUUGCAUGCGACUCCGAAAGGAGCUAAUCAUCCAACGCAUCAUCACCACCAUCAGCAUCCACUUCAUCAUCACAACCAUCAGCCACGGUUGACAGUGCUCGGGCCACAUCCGAGUCUGGGUCAGUCGCCGCAACUGCCAGCAGGAACGGUGCCCGGUGUCAGCAGCAGUAGUAUCGGUAACGACACCAGCAAUGGGGACCUUUCGUCCGCCAACGAGGAUGAGUCGGACGACGAACAGAUCGACGUGGUUAAGUCAGCCUUUAUUCCGAUCCUGCGGCCACCGGCUGCACCGUCCGCCGAGACGACGGCCUCUGGAAGUACCGGUACCCGGGAAAAUUCGCCUGACAUUUGUGACGCGGACGUGACGGUGGCACAAAAGCCAGAAACUCCCGACUCCACCACCGCCCCAACCGUUGGCGAAACUUCACCGCCUCGUUUCGGUCUCCGAUGUGAUCUAAAAGCACUGUCAACGAAAAAGCAGAUCCUGCACGAAUCCGCUCCCGGGCACGUUUGCGUCAAACAACAACAACAACAACAACAAUCGACCCCGCAGCUGGAAUCGCCGGAACGUACCAAGCUCCGAUCUCCCAACCUGAUCAAGCAGGCGCAAAAGACGGUAUGGCGACCUUACUGA